AUGUCACUGUUUGCCAUGGGGUUUCUCCUGGCCGUCCUUCAGCCGUCCACCGGGCAGUUUCCCAAAGCCUGUGCAAACACACAGAGCUUGCUGAGGAAAGAGUGGGAUGGAGACGGGUCCCCCUGUGGGGAGCUUUCCCGCAGAGGGUCCUGCCAGAACAUCCUUCUCUCUCAGGCUCCACUGGGACCACAGUUCCCUUUCUCAGGAGUGGAUGACAGAGAGGACUGGCCCUCUGUUUUCUACAACCGGACGUGCAAAUGCGAAGGCAACUUCAUGGGAUUCAACUGUGGAGAGUGCAAGUUUGGCUUCUCAGGACCCAACUGCAGUGAAAGGCAAGUGAGAACAAGAAGAAACAUCUUCCGUCUCACCAACAGAGAGAAGGACAAGUUUCUUGCCUACCUCAACUUGGCAAAGAACACCCCUAGCCGGGACUAUGUUAUUGCUACUGGCACGUAUAGUCAAAUGAACAAUGGCUCCAACCCCAUGUUCAGAAACAUCAAUGUGUAUGAUGUCUUUGUCUGGAUGCAUUAUUAUGCCUCUCGAGACACACUCUUAGGUGGGUCCAAUGUGUGGCGGGACAUUGAUUUUGCCCAUGAAGCCCCUGGUUUUCUGCCUUGGCAUCGAGCCUUUUUGCUGCUCUGGGAACGUGAGGUCCAGAAGAUAACGGGUGAUGAGAACUUCACCAUCCCCUACUGGGACUGGAGAGAUGCAGAAGACUGUGCGGUCUGCACUGAUGAAUACAUGGGUGGCAGACAUCCCACCAACCCUAAUUUACUCAGCCCAGCAUCUUUUUUCUCCUCGUGGCAGGUUAUUUGCACUCAGUCUGAAGAGUACAACAGUCAACAAGCUUUAUGCAAUGCCACGGGUGAGGGGCCUAUACUGAGAAAUCCUGGAAGCCACGAUAAAUCAAGGACGCCAAGGCUCCCAUCUUCAGCUGAAGUUGAAUUUUGCUUGUCACUAACCCAGUAUGAAUCUGGACCCAUGGACAAAAUGGCCAACUACAGUUUCCGAAACACUUUGGAAGGCUUUGCUGAUCCACGGACUGCAAUCGCAAAUGCAUCUCAAAGUAGUUUGCAUAAUGCACUUCACAUCUACAUGAAUGGCUCCAUGUCCCAAGUACAAGGCUCUGCAAAUGAUCCUGUCUUUGUACUACACCAUGCUUUUGUUGACAGCAUUUUUGAGCGAUGGUUAAGAAGACACAGGCCCAUGCUAGAAGUUUACCCAGCAGCCAACGCACCCAUUGGGCACAAUCGAGAAAAUUACAUGGUCCCCUUUAUCCCUCUUUACAGAAAUGGAGAAUUUUUUAAACCCUCAAGAGAGCUGGGGUAUGACUAUGAGUAUCUGCAAGAACCAGCAUCUAAUUCUUUCCCUGAGUUUUUAAUAACCUACUUUGAAGAAGCCCGUCAGAUUUGGGCUUGGUUGCUUGGAGCAGCUAUGAUUGGAGGCGCAGUUGCUGCUGUGUUCACAGGGCUCAUUCUGACCCACUGGAAGAAAAGAAAAACUUCUUCAGAGAUACAACCCUUACUCACUGAAAGUGAAGAUUACAACAAUAUAUCUUAUCAGUCCAAUUUCUAA